AGGCCUUCCAUACCUUGACGCCCUCACCGUCCAAGACGCGCCGCAAUGUUUACAAUACAACCGGAGCACAUGCCGCUGAGCUGAGGAGCGGGACAUUUAGACACGCUCAGCGGUUUAGUGAAUCACAACACACUGAGCCAUCUAACCAAUCAGAGCCCAUCACAUAUUUCUGAGGGAGGGACUUCAUAAAAACAGGAAAUAAUCGAGGCGUUUGUCAGAGAAGGGACAGAGCGGUGUGGAAUAAAGGAGCCAAUGAGAAGAGAGCUUCCGCGAUUGGCUGGCGCACGCUGACGGCAGUGGUGUGUGUUUGCAGGCCUACACUCGGCGACUACAGCACUUGGGAGAAGAGCAAUGAAUUCAUUAGAACAAGCCGAAGACCUGAAGGCUUUUGAGAGGAGACUGACGGAGUAUGUGUCUUGUUUGCAACCGGCUACAGGUCGUUGGCGCAUGAUUCUGAUAGUGGUGUCUGUUUGCACAGCCACAGGCGCCUGGAACUGGCUGAUAGAUCCAGACACUCAGAAAGUUUCUUUCUUCUCAUCUUUAUGGAAUCAUCCAUUUUUCACAAUCAGCUGUGUGACUCUGAUUGGCCUUUUCUUUGCUGGAAUACACAAACGAGUUGUUGCACCAUCUAUUAUUGCAGCACGCUGUCGGACAGUACUAGCAGAAUAUAACAUGUCCUGUGAUGAUACGGGGAAACUUAUUUUGAAACCACGGCCUCAUAUCCAAUAGCACCUUGAAGAGACAGCAGUGGAGAGUAUUUCGUGUCAUCAUAUUAUUCAUCAAGAUUGCACAUAGGCCUCAAUGCCGGGAGAUUAUCCAAAGUGUGUGAAGGUCGACCUCCCAAAUAGGACUCUAACUUCCCUCUGCAAUUUAUGAAGAAGCAAUGGGAGCUCAAAUGGAAAUGCCCAUUUUUUCUUCUAUUUUUAGAUAACAUCCUUAUAUUUCUGUUGGAAAAUUUGAGUUUUAUUUGAUUGUGGAUUUUGAUAUCCUCAUUUGUAAAGCUGUUGUCCUAUUUUAGAUGCAUACGGUGUAUGUAUUUUUAAGUAAAUUGCUGAACACAUAAUAAAUAUUAAAGUGUAGAUAUUUGUUCACCUUAAGCUGACCUUUAUAUAUGUAGGCAACAUUUGUAGAAUGUCAAUGCCUAUGACAUGAUGUGCUGCUUUUUGUUGUUUUUAAAAAGUACUUUUAUGCAACCAAAGGCUGCACUAGAUGUUUAACAUAUAAGGGAAACAGUCAAAUGCAUCUUUAAUGAGUGUCAUUGUUGGCUGAGAUUUUAUUUACUUUCACUCCAGAGUCAAAGUCUACAAGAAAAUCUUUAAAUAAGUUGUGUUGGCAAUAAUAAAAGUUGUUUGUUGUA